ACGUUCCUGGAGUAGGGAAAUUAUAUCCCGAGAUUGAAUUGUCGCCCGUAGCCUAUUUGUUUUAUUGUAGCCGACUGUAGACUAGCACACGGCAUUACACCCAUUCAGAAACAUCCUUAGCCUGCAUUGACACAGGAAACAUUAAGCAGAUUGGACCGUGACAGCUCAGCUUUGAAGGGCGUUAGACGAGAAAAUACCCUAAUCAGCCGGAACAUUUCCCGGUCAGGUGUCAAGUAUGGCUGAUCUGCUGAAGCUGCUGCUGCGUGUGGCAGAGAAGGCGGCCAACGUGGCCCGCGUGUGCAGGCAGGAGGCCCCUCUCUUCCAGCUGCUGGUCCAGGAGAAGACUGGAGUGGAUAAGAACAAGAAGUUUGUCCAGGACUUCAAGACACUGGCUGAUGUUGUGAUCCAAGAGAUGAUCCGCCAUGAUGUUGGAGCUCAGUUUCCUGAAAUGAUUGACCACAUACAAGGAGAGGAGUCUAACAAGUUUGAGAAUGGACUAGGGGAGAGUGUGAUAGUCACAGUGUGUGGGACGGAGAAGGAGACCGCAGCCCUGCUGGCCACAGUGCUGGAUGGGGACCAGACGGCGGCGACUCUCCUGGCGCGUGCCAUCCACCAGGACGCUAAGCUCACACUCACUGACACGGGGACAGACGACCUCCACAUACCCCUCAGCCCCUCUGACCUGGGCAUCUGGAUCGACCCCAUCGAUGCCACCAGCCAAUACAUUGAAGGUCGUGAGGAGGUGGCGGUGGAGGGGCGUCUCUGUCCGUCAGGUCUGCAGUGUGCCCUGGUCCUGAUCGGGGUUUACCUCCGCGCUACUGGGGAACCCGUCAUGGGGGUCAUCAACCAGCCCUUCAACCACAAAGACCCAACAGGCUGGAAGGGGAAGCAUUUCUGGGGUGUGUCGUGUGGGAGCGUCAAAGCCUGCUCAGUGCUCAGACCUAAAGACAGACCUGCAAAGACGACAGCAGCGGGAGGACCAGGGCUCUCAGUGGUGAUGAGCUCCAGUGAGAAGCAGGCAGUGAAAGAGGCCUUGGCCCCUCUGUGCGGGCCUGACAGGCUGAUGUACGCCUCGGGGGCCGGAUACAAGAUCCUGUGUGUGAUCCUGGGCCUGGCUGACGUCUACGUCCUCUCAGAGGGCAGCACAUUCAAGUGGGACUCCUGUGGCCCCCAUGCCCUGCUCCGUGCACUGGGUGGGGGGAUGGUGGACCUUAAAGAGUGCCUCCACUCCUCUGGCUCCAGCCACUGUCAGGGGGAGCACCAGGACCAAGGGGAACUGACCUACCACCAACCCUACACAGAGAGCACUGGGGCAGACCACUGGGCCAACCAGGGAGGCCUGGUGGCCUAUCUCAACUGUCAAAUUCUCCAUAGGGUUAUUGGGGAACUGAAGGGCAAGUUUUAAAGGAAGAGUAGCUGAUGAUGGUGGGCACAAGAAUCAUUGCUUAUAAGGUUGUGCUGCUUAAUAUUCUAUUUUUGGAGGGUCAGUGGUGUUUUUCUAUCAACUAUGCUGUCCAAGUUAUUUUUAACAGCUAUAUAUUUGCAAAUGUAAAUAUAUGAAGGAAUAUAAACAUGUUAUUAAACUAACUACAGUA